AUGUACCGCAAGUUCGUCGAGAAUGAUAGCCCGUCAAGGUGCUGCUUGGACAGUCUGACCUCAUGCCACGAGGCCGUGGCGAUUUACCACCUGGAAAUGCUUAGAAGGGGUUUCUCAUCCACGUUUUCUAAUGGUCUAUUAUUGAACGGUCUUAUUGAAGAGAAUGCUUUAAAAUUGAUCACUGAAAUGCAGUCACGGAUAAUCAACUCGAGCAUCGAAUCGAGAACACUGUUCUCCACGAGAUACGUCAAUCUUUGGACAAAGAUAUUCCAGAAGAAGAAGAAACCGUUAGCUUCAGAGGUCCUAACGAGCUACCUAUUGCAAACCGACGAACCCCCCUGGACUUCGUACUUCGUUCGAUAUGCCGACGUGGUGAAUGAUCAGCGGGGAAUGUCACACUUCAAUUGGCCAGCGGGCGGCAGCAAUUAUCACGUACUUAGGACCGGUUGCUUCCCGUACAUCAAGUAUCACUGCAGCAAGCGGCCGAAGCAGGAUCUCAGUAGCGAGGACAGAUUCUUCAAGGCGAUCAAGAUAUUGAACCUUGGUAUCCCUACUCUGAUGUAUGGACUGGCUGCGACGCAGCUUAUCCGACACCGCGAGAUCGUGAAGACGCCUCGGGGUGACGUGACGAUCUAUUUCUUGCUACCAGAGGACAAAGGUUCGCAGUACUGA